AAGCGAAAGACGAAGGCCGCCGAAAGAGGACAGGGAAUUGCCCGAGAAACGACGUCGCGAAGGCGGGAUGAGGGGGUUUCACCGCUGUGCCUUGCAGAAGAAGCACGAGGGAAAGGCGACAGGCACAGAUAGAAGUGAGGUCGAAAGGAAAGAAAGAAGAAACUCGUGUCUUGCAAUUGGACAGCCGUCGAUGUCGACUGUCGCGGGUGUGCAUGCGACUUCCGAGAAUGCGUUCUACGACGAGGCUCUCGUGUAUACGCGCCUCGUCGAGUCGCCGUCUCGCAUUCUCACCAUGGCGUUUACUCUCCUCCAUCUCCUCGAGAGCUUUCUUCUUCUCCUGAACGCCGCGGCUGUCCUCAGCGCUCCUCGUCUCCUCCGUCCUCUGGGGCUGGACAAGCCGCAGGUGGGGGACCCUGGCUUCCGGUCGCAGAUUUCGCUCUUUCUCUUCUCCGUCAGAACUUACCUCAAACUCCCCCUCGUAGUGGCGAACCUCGUCGUCAUCAUCUUCGAGCUCCUCUUUGGCUAGGCCAGUGCUUUCUGCACUCUCCGCUCGUCUCGCGGCUCCUCGUCUCGGGAGAGCGCAGGGAGACGUUCCUCUCUGUCCGUGCCCGCGGCUCCGCAUGCAUGCGCGUGCAUGCAGACGGCGGUCGAGGCGAGGACAGAAACUCCACCGAUUUCCCCAGCAGAGGAGAGAGAAAGGCGACCGGUGGCGAGGCUUGAGUGAGAGAAGGGGACAAGGGAGAGACAGAGCAAGCGAAGGGAAGCGGAGAGAGCACGGGAGAGGGAGAAGGCGUCGCGGAAAAAGAAGGUUUUUGUGUCCAAGCGAGGAAACGUGAGAAGGACUGAGAGAGGCGCAGCAAGAAGGAGAACAACGGAGGGAACCUGAGACAUUACUACACGAAGGCAAAGGAGCAGUGCGAGGAGAGUCCCGGCCUUUCCUUGUCUUCGAGCGUCUGGAUAUGGCCUGCGAGAGAACAGUUGAAAAACGCGAACCAUAGCCUUUUCUGUCACCAACGAAUCUUCGCGGCGCUCUGGCGAUACGCGUGCUCCCUCCCUGCCUGCGCGUCGCUCGGACGUCGGUCGAGAGAAGCAACCUGGAGGCGCGGCUGUGUCCUUGUCCUGCUUCGCGAAACGCGGUGCAUGCGUCUGUGUCGCUCUGCCUCUCGUUCGUCUCUCUUGGCUCGUCUUGGUUCGGCGCGGGGAGACGAAGAGCCCCAAGGCGGACAGUCGACCGGCCUCCGCAGCGAGCAGCAGCAGGGAAGGUUGUGGGGG